AGACUAACAAAGGGAUCAUGCGGCCAGCAACAAUUUCGCGGCUUUCGCCUUCUGGUCGGGAACUAGAGAGGGGUAACGCGAAAUUUGUUUUUGAUCCCUUACAGCUUGUCGCGACUGGUGUGCCGUCGCUUCACUUCGAGCGUGGGCCUGCAGCAGCAAGACUUUGCCAGCUGGGCUUGUUCAGGGAAACGACAGCCCUAGAAGAAAUAAUGGAGAAGACAAGGCAAGCCGUAGCACAGGAAGCCCGCCGGCUGAUAUUAAGGAUCCGGGAGUACGAGGAGAGGGAGAUAUAAUUUAGAUAGGUAUAGGAUACAACUUAGUCUUAGGCACAACAUCAUGGAGAUAGUUAAGGAUAACCCUUUCAAUAUUUUCAUACAUUCGGUUAGAGAUCAUAGCAUGUUGGACGAAUUGAGAAUUAUCCCAGGGUCAUUCUUCGAUUCGCAGGUAAUUGAUCAAUACAUAGUUUUGUGAAGAGCUCUAACUAUCGGGGAAAAGAAAUCAUCUGACCCUUCCGAAGAGAGUUUGCGUCAGGCGGUGCAGCUGAGCAAUGCCUUGAGGGUACUUGCCGAGCUCUUUCACGGUGUCGCCAGCGACGGAACGAAAUUGAAGGAGCUGAGACCGGCCUUGGGGAACGCCUUGUUUGUCAUUCACCGCCGCGACAUGUGGGCGACGCUAAGCGGACGCAAAGGAG